GAAGUAAUCUCCAUAGCUACUGCCAGGGGAGACUCGAUUAUUACCAGGUCAUCAUGCAAGAUGACCAACUUGCAAGUGUGGUAUCUUCUGUCCUACGCGAGGCGUUUAGUACAGGCAUUCUGUCAGCUCCCAUCAGCUCUAGGGACCUUCUCCUCCAUCUCAUCUCCUCCAAGGCCGGGACUGGUUCACCAACGCUAAAGCUGACGGACUUACGUCGGGUGGACACCGUUUUGGAGUGGUUGGAGAACCACUGGGAGCACGGAACGAUAAGAACCAGUCGCGAUGACGAUGCUCUGACUAUCGUCGAUGUAUGUCUUGGCAAUACCCGCGUUAACGUAUUGAACCCCCGGAAGCGGAAGCGGGCAGUUGAUGAGGAAGCCGAUUCCGCUGCUGGUGAUGAGAAUGAUGAAUCCUCCUCGCGUAGUCUUAGUCGAUCUCCUCCACCCUCCAGAACGCCGCUGGGAAGUCUCAGCAAGGAACUAAAGGAAGUGUAUGCCCUUCUCCAACGUAGUACCGCAAAGGGGCGUCUCUUGGCUGAGCGUUUUCGCUCUGUUCAUCCAACCUUCAAUCCAAUCUGUCCGCACGUCACCAAGGAUGAGUGUUUCAAAGCCCGUCGCGAUGCUUCAGGGGGUUCUGGUCCCGAAGCUACACAGACGACGUUGUCCGCUUGCGGUCGCGUGCACUUCCGACCGCUCAUCCGACCACACACCGAUCCUUCUCUCGGACAUUGUUCCUAUCUGAACACCUGUUAUUCCGAACCCACAUACGCACAGUCUCCUUCAAUACCGUCGUUCCCGUCGGGAAGCGCCACGAGGUCAUCUUUACCAUCAGGACUUGGUGCGGGGGGUAGAGGUAAAGAGAAGGCACCGUGUCGUUACCUGCAUUUUGAAGUGGACUGGGACGAGAAAGAUGGAGCUGCUGCCAGCGGUGAUCAUACGAGGGAGGCAUUAAAGGCAGAAAAGCCGUUCAAGUUGGAAAUUGGCCUCGGUCCAUUCAAUAAAGAUGCACAGGUGCUGCCGCCUCAGUGGAUUAAUUGCGACCUGCGCCAUUUCGACUAUUCCGUUCUUGGGAAAUUCCAUGUCAUCAUGGCCGAUCCUCCAUGGGAUAUUCAUAUGAGUUUACCCUAUGGGACAAUGACCGACGAUGAGAUGCGAGCCAUGCCAAUCCCUGCUUUGCAGGACGAAGGUCUCCUCUUCCUAUGGGUCACGGGACGUGCAAUGGAAGUCGGGCGGGAAUGUCUUCGUGUUUGGGGUUACACACGCGUCGACGAAGUUGUUUGGGUGAAAACCAAUCAGCUUCAGCGCGUUAUUCGUACAGGGCGCACAGGCCAUUGGCUUAACCAUACCAAAGAGCACAUGCUCGUAGGAGUGAAAACUCACCUCGAUGGAGCAGGAAAUCUCAAGUUUCCGAGCUGGGUUAACCGCGGCCUCGACACAGAUGUGAUAGUAAGCGAGGUACGCGAGACGAGUCGCAAGCCGGACGAGGUAUAUGGCCUCAUCGAACGGAUGUGUCCCGGAGGCCGGAAGGUAGAAAUCUUUGGACGUAAGCACAAUACCAGACCAGGAUGGCUCACGCUCGGGAAUCAGCUCGGCCCAGAUCAGAUAUUCGAGGAAGAUCUGGCCGCUAGGAUCCGAGCCCGUUACCCAGAGAGACUCGGGAGUCUUUCUACGGGACCAUUAUAGCUUUGGCGGUCCUAGCAUGAGUGCAUGAUGCAGUGAUCUGCCCAUGUCAUCAGGUGUACAGUAUUACCAGAAGUUUUGGGAGUUCGUGCUUCUUAAGCUGGUUGGCAUGUAGAUAUCGAUGAUUCUCGUGUGCUAAUAAGUUACAUAGAAAUCCGUUCCAGUGGUGUGGCGGUCAACAGCACAAGUACACCGUUAUUG